CAUGUUAUAGAAGUGUUUAUAAAAAUAAAAAUAAAAUAAAAAUAAAAAUAAAUUAGAUCAAAGAUUAAAUUAAGCCGGGACUGCUAACUAUGCUUUUAACCCGAACAGCCACCGAGACUGCAUAACGCCAAAACCCCAGCCUCGGCUUCCACUACUCUACCAACUGAACCACAUAACACAUAAAAAUGCUUCUCCGCUCCACAAAACCUCUCCAUCACCACCUCUCCGCCACCAAACUCCUCCUUCUCCGCCACCUCAAAACCCUCCCCUCCACCACCACCAACAACAGAGACGCCUACUUCUCCUUAAUCCACAACAUAACAAACAUAAUCCGCAAAGAAGUCUACCCAGAACGCACCCUCAACAAACUAAACCUUCCCAUCACUUCAGAACUCGUUUUUCGUGUCCUUCGAGCUUGCUCUAACUCUCCUUCCGAAUCCCUCCGUUUCUUCAACUGGGCUCGCUCUUAUUACUCUCCUACAACUAUUGAAUACGAAGAACUCAUCAUAACCCUUGUACGUAACAAGAAAUACGCCUCAAUGUGGAAACUCAUAGCCCAAGUUAAGGACAACCUCGGCGACAAAUUUUCUGUUUCUUCUGACACUGUUUGUUCUAUCAUCGAAGAGUAUGGUAAACAUGGUUUGAUAGAUCAAGCGGUUGAGGUUUUUAAUAAAUGUAGUCGUAGUUUAAAUUGUCAACACAAUGUUUGUGUUUAUAACUCUUUGCUUUUCGCUUUGUGUGAGGUUAAAAUGUUUCAUGGUGCUUAUGCUUUGGUUAGGAGAAUGAUUAGAAAGGGGAUAGUGCCGGAUAAAAGGACUUAUGGGGUUCUUGUUAAUGGGUGGUGUUCGAGUGGGAAGUUACGAGAGGCGAAAGGGUUUUUGGAGGAAAUGAGUAAGAAGGGGUUUAAUCCACCGGUGAGAGGGAGGGAUUUGUUGAUUGAAGGGUUGUUGAAUGCAGGCUAUUUGGAGUCGGCGAAGGAUAUGGUGAGGAGGAUGAUGAAGGAAGGGCUUGUGCCGGAUGUUAAUACAUUUAAUUCAAUGGUUGAGGCGAUUUGCAAUGCGGGGGAAGUUGAUUUUUGUGUUGAUAUGUAUCAUAGUGUGUGUAAGUUGGGGUUUUGUCCGGAUAUAAAUAGUUACAAGAUUUUGAUUCCAGCUGUUUCAAAGGUGGGUAGGAUUGAUGAGGCUUUCAGGUUGUUGCAUAAUUUGAUUGAGGAUGGGCACAAACCAUUUCCUAGCUUGUAUGCGCCAAUAAUUAAGGGGAUGUUUAGGAGAGGGCAGUUUGAUGAUGCGUUUUGUUUCUUUAGUGAGAUGAAGGUCAAGGGACAUCCUCCGAACAGGCCGGUGUAUACAAUGAUGAUAACAAUGUGUGGACGUGGAGGGAAGCAUGUGGAAGCGGCGAAUUAUUUGGUGGAGAUGACUGAGAUAGGUUUGGUGCCAAUUUCUAGGUGCUUUGAUAUGGUUACCGAUGGGUUGAAGAAUUGUGGGAAGCAUGAUCUUGCUAAAAGGAUAGAGCAGUUGGAAGUUUCUCUUCGUGGUUCUUGAAUUGACAGCUGCAAGACAUUACCAAUUGCUUCAUUGAAUAUGGAUAUUGGUAUUGGUUAACAGCAUCAAACUGAAGGCUGAUAUUAUUGCUGCUUAAAUAUGAAAAAAGCUGGCUAGUAUCGAAAAGACUGUAGAUGUCAUAGAAGCAUCAUUGAGGUUCUGUUCUCUGUCAAGAACUAAUUUCAUGAGAGAUGAACUAGCAAGGGGAAGAGGGUCGGUCAACUUUCAAGACCUGCCACUGGUUGAUGCAUCAAUCUUCAAAAUUGAUGAGAACAUCAGGGUUGAUAGGUGGAUUAGACCCAAAGACUGCAUUUGCAAUGGUGAAGACGCCAGGAUUUUGGCUACUCAAAGCAGCAAUAGCAACUGCAUUAGUCUUUGCAACAUGGAAUUGAAAAUGAACUGAGGCCAGUUGGAAACACGAAAACAUCUCCUGGGCCCAAGACUUUCGUGAUAAGAUGAUUAUCUGGAUUUGAUGUGACAAAACCAACAUGGAGGGUGCCCUCCAAAACUAGCAGAAUCUCUGUUGCUCGACUGUGAAUGUGUGGUGGGUUCAAGCCGCCAUUUGGUGGCAUAGUCGUCUAUGCGAGCCGAAGAUAAGCCCCAGGUAUUUGAUCAACAUUAAAGAGUUACAUUUGAUCCAACUCGAUUCCUAGUGUUUCUAGCAAUGUUGAGCCCCGAAAAGAAAUCAUUUGCCGUGGCAAGCUUUGGGUCUUUGCGGAACUUCCCAUUAACAAACGCUGUGAAAAAUGUUAAAAGCAAUCUGUUAAUUCAAAGAACACUGAAAAUAAACAUUGAUGGUAAAAAAAAAAAGUUAAGGUAGUUUUACCUUGAUUUUUUUA